GGACACCGAGCUGUGCGCCACGGCCGGGGGUGGUACAGCCCCGCCGGGCCGGGGACAGCCCUGUGCUGCGAGCGUCCCUGAGCUCCGCUGUCCCGUGCCACCAGUGUCCCCCAGCGGUGCCACCGCGUGGCUCCUGUCCCCGUGCAGCCUGUCCCCGGCGCUGCACUGCUCUGCCUGUAGUCCUGCAGCCUCUCCGGACACUGCCCUGCCCUGUGSGGUGCCCGUGGGCAUGGAGCGGCCCCGUGUGGGGCAGCCACCUUCCUGCCCACGCCCCUCGGCUGCGGUGAGUGUCCCCAGGCUGUGGGUUCUGUGGCUGCUGUCCUGUGCUGCGAGUGUCCCCAGGCCGUGCUCUCUGUGGCUGCUGUCCUGUGCUGCGAGUGUCCCCAGGCCGUGCCUUCCUGCGCCUCCUGGCCCCACGCGUGAGUGGCCCCAGGCUGUGCCCUUGUGUGGCUGCGGUCCUUAGGCGGGACUGCCCCGCGCCACCCCGGGCUGUGUCCUGCCAGGUCCUGUCCGGUGCCGUGAGUUCCCUCCCGGCAGUGCCUCCYCCCGCCGGCGAAUGGCCGUCGCUCUCCACUUCCCGAGCGGCGCCAGCCCACGUCCAUCGCCGUGACUCUCCUGCCCCCGCCCCGUCCGUGUCCGUGUGUCUUUCCAGCCYACUCAUCGGCAGCCAGUCACGGGGUGUUGACUCUGCGCAUUCCUUCCCUCCGCCGGUCAUUACGCGGGGCUGACGCUGCUGUCCCCACUCCGGGGCUGCUGUGCUGGACUCCAGCUGCUGAUAAACUCGGGGAUUCAGAGGAGGCGGGAGAAGUGACCCGGGGUGACUGGCACCGCUUGUGAAAGGAGGUGUGGAUUCAUGCCGGUCCUGACGGGAUAAAAGCAUCAAGCUCUGCCCGGGUCUCAGUUGUCCCCAGGCAGCUCCAGGACUCACCCUGAACCCACCAGCAUCAUGGCAUCGGUGUGGUCCUGCUUGCUCCUCUUGCUGCUCCUGCCUGCCCUGGCCCACGCUGGGGGGCCUGGCCCUGUCCUCAUCAACCGCCCCUUUGUCACCAUCUGGAACAUCCCCACCCAGCGCUGCGCUGAGAAGUACAAUGUCACCCUCAGCCUGGACGUCUUCGAUGUGUUGGUCAACAAUAACCAGUCCUUCACCGGGCAGGACAUCACCCUCUUCUACAGCGACAAGAUAGGUCUCUUCCCCUACUACACAUCUGAGGGGGUACCAGUGAACGGKGGGCUCCCCCAAAACGCCAGCCUGGAGACUCACAUCCGCCAGGCCACCCAGGACAUCAAGGUGACCCUGCCCGACCCUGACUACAACGGACUGGCUGUCAUUGACUGGGAGAAGUGGCGCCCACUGUGGAUCCGCAACUGGGACUCCAUGGAGAUCUACCAGCAGAAGUCGGAGGAGCUGGUGCAGCAGCAGCACCCGCAGUGGCCUCCCAAGGAGGUGGAGGAGGUGGCCAAGCAGCAGUUUGAGGAGAGUGCCUGCGAUUUCAUGAACACAACCCUGUGGCUGGGCGAGAGCCUCCGUCCCAAUGCCUCCUGGGGUUUCUAUGGUUUCCCCGACUGCUACAACAAUGACUUUGAUAGCCUGCCCUACAAUGGGACGUGCCCAGAGGUGGAGCAGGAGAGGAACAAGAAUCUGUCCUGGCUCUGGAAGAGCAGCCAGGCACUGUACCCCAGCAUCUACCUGCCCCUCCGCCUCAAUGGCACCAACAAGGUGCUCGCCUACGUCCGGCAUCGYGUGGCCGAGGCUUUCGCUGUCCAGCGUGGAGUCCUCGACAGCGGUAUCCCUGUCCUGCCCUACUCCCAGAUUGCCUUUGARCGCACUGUGGACUUCCUUUCCCAGGAGGACCUGAUUAACACCAUUGGGGAGAGYGCAGCUCAAGGUGCCGCUGGCAUCAUCCUCUGGGGCAGCCUGGACUACAGCACCUCCAAGGAGAUGUGCCUGAGGCUGAAGGACUACGUGGAGGGACCCCUGGGCCACUACAUCGUCAAUGUGACGGCCAGCGCUGACCUGUGCAGCCAGACCCUGUGCUCCGGCCGGGGCCGCUGCGUGCGCCAGGACGGCCAGCAGGGCUACCUCCACCUCCACCCUUCCCGCUUCACCAUCAACCUGCACGCUGGCAAACCCUGGCUGGUGCCUCAGAGCCUGGAGCCUGGGGAGGACAUCUCCCAGCUGGCCAAGGAAUUCAGCUGCCAGUGCUAUGACAAGUGGCAGGGACCGCGCUGUGACACCCAGGGCUUUGCCAAAUGACCCCCUCCCAAUCCUCCCACCCUGGGGACACUGGGGUGGGCAGGGUGACGCUACCUCAGCACCCUCACAAUGAGGCUGAGAACGUGACUGUAGGGCUAUUAAUAAAACCAGAAAAUAC